AUGUCUGCCGAAGCUUCUGUAUCAUAUGCCGCCUUGAUCUUGGCCGACUCUGAGGUCGAGAUCUCUGCUUCCAACUUGUUGGCCAUCACUAAAGCCGCUGGUGCUUCCGUUGAAAACGUGUGGGCCGAAACUUUCGCCAAGGGUUUGGAAGGAAAAGACUUGAAAGAAAUCUUGUUUUCUUUUGCUGCUGCUGCCCCAGCUGCUGGUUCUGCUCCUGCUGCCGCCGCUGCCUCCGGAGAUGCUCCAGCUGCCGAGGAAGCUGCUGAAGAAGCCGCUGAAGAAUCCGAUGACGACAUGGGAUUCGGAUUGUUCGAUUAA